UGGUCUAGAUCAACAUUACUCGCUUGUGUUGUAUGUACAUAACAAGCGAGUUUAAUUCUGAUCUAGCCACUGCUUGUCACAAAAACACAGUUUGUGUGAAUGUCUGUAUCUGAAUUCAUGACAAGUAAAAAAAAAAAGUGAGUAACGCCGAAGCUUAACGACAUCCCUCAACGGUGGCUAGCUAUUGUAAUUGUAUGGUGGUUGCUAAGGGAAAUGUUCACAGCAACAACCUUAUUGGGGGUUGGUUAUGAGAGAUGAUCAACAGCUGUAGGAACCAAUCACUUUUCGAGAAAUGUCAAAUUGUCCAAUGAAAACUAAAGAAAGUCAUCGUCAUCAGCUCGAGCGUGAGGCUAGCAGCGAUUUCUAGAAUCUCUUCAAAACUCCAAGGAUUGGAGGAACUAAUGAUUCAGCAUGUAAAGUCAGCCUAUCUAGUAACAUGGACAAGUACGAAAAGGUGAAGAAAAUCGGGGAAGGUUCAUUUGGAAAGGCUAUCCUGGUGAAAUCCAAAGAAGAUGGACACCAGUAUGUCAUCAAGGAGAUUGGCAUAUCUGGUAUGUCAAGUAAAGAGAGGCAGGAAUCUCGCAGAGAGGUUGCUGUUCUUGCCAACAUGAGUCAUCCCAAUAUUGUCCAGUAUAAGGAGUCUUUUGAAGAAGGGGGAUGUUUGUACAUCGUGAUGGAUUAUUGUGAAGGUGGAGACCUUUUCAGGAAGAUCAACUCUCAAAAAGGAGUUUUGUUCUCAGAAGAGCAGAUCUUGGAUUGGUUUGUCCAGAUUUGCCUCGCUCUGAAGCAUGUACACGAUCGAAAAAUCCUCCACAGGGAUAUUAAGUCACAGAACAUAUUUUUGACAAAAGAUGGGACCGUACAGCUUGGUGACUUUGGAAUUGCGAGAGUCUUGAAUAGCACUGUUGAUCUUGCGAGGACAUGCAUAGGAACACCAUAUUAUUUAUCACCAGAGAUUUGUGAAAACAAACCAUACAACAACAAAAGUGACAUUUGGGCCCUAGGAUGUGUCCUCUAUGAAAUGUGCACUCUUAAGCAUGCAUUUGAAGCUGGCAACAUGAAGAACUUGGUCCUGAAGAUCAUUCGUGGUUCAUUCCCUCCUGUGUCUGUUCACUACUCCCAAGAACUGCGGUCUCUCUUGGCGCAGCUGUUUAAACGAAACCCCCGAGAGAGGCCCUCAGUCAGCAGCGUACUGGACAAGCCUUUCCUUUUCUGCAGGAUAGAGAAGUUUCUCACACCACAGAUCAUCGCUCAGGAAUUCCGCCAUCAUUUUCUUCACAAGCAGCCUAAAGUGGGUUUGGCACAAGUGCCAUCAGCCCAGAAAAUUACAAAACCAGCUUCCAAAUAUGGAGUGCCUUUAACUGGAGCCAAGAGCUCAUCGGAGAAGAAAUCUGCUGUAAAACACAAACCGGCCCCAAACCCAGCAGCCCCUCAGAGGAGACCGAGUCAAGGGGAGGAGGAAAGGAAAAAACACGAGGCGGGAAUCAGAAAGAAAAAGAUGGAACAGACGGAGAAAGAAAGAAAACAGAAAGAGCAGAUGUUCCUGUUGAAAGCAGAGCAAGUGAAGAGGUAUGAGAAGGAAAAGAUCAGUCGUAUAAACCAAGCCAGAGAACAAGGAUGGAAGCAUGUACUGGGUUCGAGUGGAGGUAGCAGCCCAGAGAGGAAGUGUUUAAUGGGGGGUAAGCGCGCUGCAGGCGUUGCCGCUGUUGUCCGAGGCUCCCAUUUGGCCCCAGCUCCAGCCCCAGCCCCCAUCCCUAACAAGAGGCCGUAUGAACACUACCACGCUGCUCUGGAUCAAACGGCUAAGUCACAGUCCAAAGACCGCAGCAGGGACGGCGCUUCAGCAGGACCUGGCAGUCCCGUUCAUGGUGGUGUGGCUGCUGCAGGCCCAGUGCUGUCCAACAGCCCCACUCAAUGCCUGAAUCAUGAUGUCAUCAGAAGAGAACUACAGAAGUUACAGCAUGCUUCAAAACAAGCCCACAUUAGUCGGCUGGGCCGGGCCCAGAUGGCUGCAGAGCGGACCUUUCAGGUCAAGGAGUUUUUACAGAGGAAGAAGGAAGCCAUGCUUAAUAAAGUUAGAGCUGAAGGACAGCUGGGCACUCGACCACACAUGGCUGCCAUCUAUGGAAGCUGGGCCAGUACAGCUCGGUGCCGGCGGCCCAAAGUCAACCGAGAGGAAGAGGAGUACUUGGCAAGACUCAGGCAGAUCCGACUGCAGAACUUCAAUGAGCGUCAGCAGAUCAAAGCCCGACUGAGAGGGGAGAAGUAUGACAGCGAUGGCUCUGAUAGCCAAGAAUCUAGUGAGGAGGCCGAGCUCAGAAGAAAGAAAAUAGAGGUUUUAAAGGCUCAGGCCAACACGCGAGCCGCUGUUCUGAAAGAGCAGCUGGAGAAGAAGAGACGGGAAGCAUUUGAGAGGGAAAAGAGAGCUUGGGACGACCAUCUUGCUGCAGCUCGAGGUGUGAAGUUGGGCAUUGUAGCAGAAGCAUCGCCUGUCUCUGACCUUCGACCUCCAGAACCUUGGGACCCCCAGCAAGAACACACUGCCAAAACAUCAGCCCAGCCCUCAUCCUCGGCUAUAUCCAUGACUGCUGCUCUGAAGAACGUCGGAGCCAUCAGUCAGAUUAGUCCGCUUAAAGAAAGCUUGCAUGAACCAGAGACAGCAGCAGCGAUUCAGAGUGAGAAGAAGCAGAUUCUAAACAGACUCAACCAGAACCUAAAGGCACUGAACCCGGUGGACAAGAUGGAGUCUCCACCUGCACCUGCAGAACCAAGUCCUGAUGUCCAGCAGAAGCAGUCUGACGCUGAGAAAAGUCCCACUUUGGAUGGUGACCGGAAGAAAUGGGAAGCAGCAGAGCUCCCCGCUCUGCCUGAGCCUCCUCACAUGUUAGAGGAGACAAAUCCCACGACGGACACAUCACCAGAGGACAGACCUUCCUCUGCUGGGGACAGGAAGAAGUGGGAGGCAGGUACUCCACUUGUUUUCCCAGCAGCGCAGCAAACCCUAGAGGAGACGUGCAUCACCACCAUCGAUCAAACGGUGGGGGAGGUCAUAAAGAUGGGUGAACUAGAAGCAGAAGCUCCCAGGAAGGUGUGGGGAGCGAGUCCAGUGUGUCAGGUGCUGAGAGUGCUUCAGGAGGCCAAGCUGCAGUCUCUCACCCAGCAGCUGGACUGUGCCACCAGAUCUGACAACACAUUUUCUGUUUCUGCAGCAUCUGAUGAUGGGAAGAUGACCUUAGCUGCUCCGGCCUCUGCUGUUGAUCAGAACCUGACCGCUGAUCCGCACGUGUCUGCGACCAAUGCUGCUGAGGCAGAUCUGGAGUCAGUGGUUUUGGAGGAGAUGGCUGCACAAGCCUCGGAUCCUCCAGCUAAAGUACAACAAGCCUGGGGGCCCAAAGCCCAAAUGCCACCUGAGGGCGCUACAGGACCAACAGGCAGCACCGAGGUGGAGAAGAGUGCAGACAAACCUGAAUCUUCAACCUCAGCUCAGCAUGAGGAGCCACUGUUUAUGAAGCGCUCACCAGCCCACCGACGCACUGCUGCCCUCGCCAUCCUCUCUGCUCAGUCCUCCCUGGAUGAAUCCUCCUCCUCUCUGGGCUCUCGCUCUCGAUCCGUCUCCCCUUUGCGCUCCAAGAACCAGAAAGCCCUCCUUAUUGGUCUCUCUACGGGCAUGUUUGACGCCAACAACCCAAAGAUGCUGCGGACGUGCUCUUUACCGGACCUCAGCCGACCCUUCAGCUGUCAGCAGGACUCUGUCGCCAACAAGGCUGAUGCCGCCCCAGACAAAGACCUGGAAAUUGAGGACCUGGAGGAGGCAACAAAAGAGGAUGAUCAGUCAGAGGCUGAGGAUUCGUAUGAAGACGAAGAUCUGAGGGACAUCAGGGCUUCCAUGGAGAGGCUGCUGCAGGAUGACAGCGACAUAACCAAGAGUCCUCCAGCUGUGGAAGCGGGAGACUUCAACGGAAACCCCCCAGAGGUCAGAGGUCAGGAGCUUUUCAACAGGAUCACAGCUGAGAUUGAUCAGGACCACAGUCAGAUGGCUGUGGAUGAAGAGGAGGAGGAGGAGGAGGAGGAGGAUGAAGAGGAGGAGGAAGAAGAAGAAGAUGAUGACGAGGAGGAAUGUUCUAAUGAAAGUCCUGGUGAUGAGGAGGGAAGGGAGUUGCUGUCUAAUGGUGUGGGAGGAGAGCACCACAGUGAUGACAAGCAGCUCAAUGAAGAAUGGCAUUCAGAUGGCAGUGGAGAAGACCAGGUCAGCGAGGCAGACCAUCACGACAGCAUCUUCAGUCGCCUUGAAGAGCUUCGCUUCGACCUGGAGCAGCAGAUGGGCUUUGAGAAGUUCAUUGAAGCCUACAACAAGAUUAAGGCUAUCCAUGAAGAUGAAGAUGAGAGUAUCGAGCUAGGCUCAAGUUUGGUUUCGAACAUUCUGGGAACGGAGCACCAGCAUCUAUACCCCAACAUCCUCCACCUAGUGAUGGCAGAUGGUGCAUACCAGGAAGACAAUAACGAGUGAUGUUUCUGCGAUGGAGUCGCUGGCAGCCAUCUGAUGUCUUCCCCCAACGCAGCGUUGGCAGAAGGAUCUAUGCAUGAAGCAUUAAAGCCUCACAUUUCACCGUGUCGGCAAGCUUGCAUGAUGUGAACACUCCCACUCGCCACUCCCCUAACCAGUGUUUACUCUGAAGUGCUUUAUCAGAUCUGUGGUUUUGUCAGCCAAACUUCGUUUCAAGCUUCUAUAAAUGUUUAUUAGUAAGUAAAUGAAACACAAGCAUGUAAUGGCACUGAAGGAGCUGUAUUUGUUGUUGGUUUUGGUUAAACGCUAGUGGCAUUUCAUUUGAAGGUGUUAAGAUCUGGUCCUCUCAGGUGCUCUCCACUUGGACCACGCUCGGCUUCAGAACUCAAACCAGGUCACCCUCAGUCACAAAUGUACCAUAAUAUACUCAAAAACCAGCAGAACCUCUUUUCUUACAAGAAAUUCCACCAAACCAAAAGAUGAACUGUCAGUUUAAUUUUACACGUUUCUUACAGUUGGAGGUGAAUGUUUGAGUGAGCGUGUUGUUUGUCACCAAGGUACUGUAGCAGGACUGGCUACUGUGUGUCAGCCAGGUCAGAUUGAAGGUUUUAUUUGAAAAAAUUGUGGUUUAGAUACUAAUAAUUUAUGUUUUGGUUUUACAAUAAAUAUUCUAAAUUCUUUCAUUUAAUAAACACUUUUUUACAAACUUUGAA